AUCUCGCAUGAAACCUGAAAGCUAGUACCGGACCCAGCCCAUUCAAGAUGAGGCCUACGUCGCGGUGCGUGGCGCUGAUAGCGCUCAUCGUCGCCGCCAAUGCUCAGUCAGUUGAAGAACUGAAGGGCGAGUCAGUAGAAAGUGCCAGCACAUCCACUGGCAGUUCACAAGAAGAAGAACCCAAAGAGGCCUGGAUGCGGGCGCCAUCUGGCGGCGUCGCGGUCAGGAGCGGAGAAGAUGCCUUACUGACUUGCGUAGUACUGGGUGCUAAGGGCAAGCCAGUGCUGUGGAGGAGAGCGAGCGACCGCCAGUUAUUGACCGCUGGCGGGGUUAGAGUUACUAGGGAUGACAGAGUCCGCGUACUACACGAUGACUCUGAAGAGCCAUUACAAGGCCCGGGCAUCGCCAAAGGUGGUGACGUGUGGGCGCUAGUCAUCAAGUCGGUGAAGGCAUCCGACGCUGGCUUAUACAUGUGCGAGCUGAACACAGAGCCGCCGGUCAGAAGCUUCCACAGAUUAACAGUGAUAUCAAGAGGCCUAACUCCGCCGGAGAAUAACAACGUGACUGACAGUUACUCAGCCAACUUGCCAACACUGUCGCCGUUGGCUUUGGCACACAACUACACGGAUUGCUGCAUUGCUGCCAACGUGACGAAAGCGUGUCUGGGUUUCUGCAGCAUUCAGACCAUCUUGGAAGGCACUGGACAAGACCCGGAGACGUGCCAGCCUGAUUUCCCUUCUAUUGUUAAAUGCAUGGCCGACGGCCGCAACCACGUGCCGUGCUGCGUGCAAGAGCGCGUGCCCGACAUCUGCCAGGACGUGUGCCGCGGCGAGUUCACUCCGGUGACCGACAACAUUAAGACGCACUACAGCUGCGCAGCGUACAUGGAGAAGACGCUAGCGUGCAUUGUUGAGGGGAUUGAACUCCUCCCAAGCCCCCCAGAAGACGUUGAAGUGGAAACCCUCAACGAGAAACAACUGAACGUCUCCUGGAACCCACCAAUCGAGAAUACAGACACCGUGACAGAAUACAUCGUUAACGUCACCGCCCUUCGCUCCUUCGAUGCCCAUCUCAUCGAUCCCUCAGAGAGUUCGAUGAAGAAUACGAGUGUGAAAAUGAGUCAGCCUAUGACGCACAGGCUACCGGCCAAUAAGACGUUUUUGGUGCUGAAUGAUUUGCUGCCGUUCACCAUGUAUGAGAUUACGGUGACGUCGUAUAACGUGCAUGGAUCGAGUUUGCCUAGUUAUGCUAUAAGGUCACUAACCCUGACUCCCGGCAAGAUGAAGACCACCAAGGUGUCCCCCGCGCCCAAGCUGCCCGACGUCCGUGCUUGCUGCGUCAACGCCGGCGUCAACCAUUUCGGCUGUGUGGACAAGCUCUGCGACCCUACCAGGACUUUUGAGAUCGGGCUGCAGGUCACAGACCUGAUGAUCUGCGCUCCGUGGGCCGGGACCACGUUUGGGUGCCUCGUGAAUGGAAUGGAUCAUUCACCUUGCUGCCGGGCGAGGGGAUUGCCAGAAUCCUGUCUUCCACUCUGCAGUGGAAAUGUGACAAAUCUCGACUUCAAUCACUUCAAGUGCCUCCGGUACAUGUCCUCGUACACCAACUGCCUGCUCCGAGGCUACGGCGUGCUCCCCGGCCCUCCCACCCGCCUGCACCUCACCAACAUCGACACGGACUAUGCCGUCGUGCACUGGUCCCAGCCCGCGGCGCUGCCUGACACCGUGCAGUACUAUAAUCUGCAUUAUAAGGCGGUGGCGGCGGGGGAUGAUUAUAGGGUGCUCGAGAAGAUCCACUCACCGUUCAUCCUAGAGGACUUAGAAUCGAACUCCGACUACGAGAUCUACGUGGAAGCAGUGAAUGAACACGGUGUGGGAGAUGCGUCCCCGCGACUCAUAUUCAGGACUCAGAGUCAGGCUCUCGAAGAAGCAGAGGAACAGGCGACCUAUUACAACGUGACGGCGUGCUGCGAGCGUGUCGCCGUGGCCGGCGUAUGCAUGCCGCUCUGCUCCUACGACGCCAAGAUGUCCGACCUCAGGGCGCUGGCGCCGCUCUGUGCGCAGGAGUUCCAUAAACUACUGCGGUGUGGGGCUGGAGGUCGCAACCACGAAGCGUGCUGCGCGCGGCGAGGCGUGCCUGCCAACUGCCGCGGCGUCUGUGCCGGGGCUUAUACCGGAGGCAUCAACACCUGCGUGCCUUAUAUAGGCAACAUCGUGCAGUGCUUCGAAGAAGGUACCGGCCUCCUCCCCGGCCCCCCGCGCGAGGUCCACGCCAUCGUGUCAACAGCUGGCGACAAGGCAACAGGGUUCCUGGACUGGUCCGCGCCUGAAGACGGCGCCAACGCGACAUCCUAUGUCGUCCACUGGCAACGCGUUGGAAACAACUCGCAACCGUACUACUAUAACACGCUGCAGUUGGAUAAUCAAAUGAACACAACAGACAGCAUGGCCAACAUAGAAAACCUGGAAGUGAACGCGACGUACCACGUCUUCGUGGUGGCCGUCAACGAACACGGAACCUCCCUUCCCAGCAGUAUGCUUCUGAUCAACAUCACAUCUAACACACAGGAACAAAGUGUGUCCGGCAUCCCCUCGCCCCCGCACUCGCUAUCUGUGUCGUCACACUCGGCAACCUGGUUGACGCUCACGUGGCAACCACCACAGUUCUCGCAUCCCGACGAGAAGAUCUCCUACACACUGUACUACAAGUCGCCAACACAACUAGGCCAAGGCAACGUGACCAUGGUCAACACAACUGUGCCUGGUCACACCCUGGAGAAACUGACCCCGAACACACAAUACGUGUGCUGGGUUAAAGCUCACGCCGCCGCUGGGGAGUCUCUGCCUUCGGAGACGCUUGUGGCCUGGACUGAUCCUGCUUAUCCAGCGUAUGUCGAGCCCCCGACGGUGAACCCCGUGAAUCUGGUGGUGGAAGGCUCCAGCAUGACCAUCCUCUGCAUCGCCAUGGGGACACCUACGCCUACCAUCUCACUGUACAUUUCUGGUCACCUGAUCCGCCAAGUGGAGACUAGACACAUGGUGACAGUAAUACACAACGUCACCCGUGACAUGGACCAGAUCUCGUGCUAUGCCGAUAACGGCUACGGCACACCCAUGCAGGCUUCAAGGAAGAUCAAUAUUUCACACGUCCCAACAAUCCAAGCGUCUGGCAUCACAAUGGCCGCCGCCGGUGACUCCGUGAUCCUGGAAUGCCGGGUCGAGGCCCUGCCCAAGCCGACGAUUGCUUUUUGGAGAGACCCCAACGGACGGACACCGGUCAUCGAUGGUCCUAAUUAUACUAUACAGCUGCUGUCAGACCCUGAGGAACAAACAAAAUACACCAUGCGCCUUAUAAUAAAGAAGAUAUCGGACACGGACGAGGGGGACUACUUCUGUCACGCCGAGAAUGCGUUUGGAAAGACUCUGCGACCGGUCUCGGUGCGGUUGAGGCCCUCCACGCCACAUCAUAACGUAACAGAGUGCUGUACUCAGAUGAACGUAUCAUCGGCGUGUAUCGACGCGUGCAGCUUCCACCUGGACAUGGACAACAUUAUGGACCGGCCGGAGUGCAUGAACGACUUCGACAAGCUCAUGAAGUGCGCGGCCGACGGAUCAGAUCACCGCAGCUGCUGCGCUUCCUGGGGCGUCCCUCGCAACUGCCUGGAGCUAUGCCGCGGCGGCACAGUCGCACGCUCAUGCGCGCUGCAGCACGCGCGUCGCGCGCUGGCGUGCUUCCGCGACUCCGGCGCGCGGCUGCCUGGCCCGCCGAGGAGUUUGAAGGCGCACGCCGCGCCUACACCGCAUUCUGUACUCCUUAGCUGGGAGCCACCAGCGAAGAAUCCGCAAACAGUCUACCUGUACCGCGUGUUUUGGCGCGCGUACGGCGCCAAAGUGCCAGAGAAGUUAGACACGAGCGAGACUAGUGUCGUGCUCACAGGGCUGCAGGACGACGUUCGAUACGAAUGCGUCGUUAAAGCUGCGAAUGAGGCUGGCACCUCAUCGCUCAGCCAGUCCAUAAUGUUCACGACGGCCGGCCAGGAGACGGGCGCGGCGGCGGCGCCGGUGGCCGCGGGCGGCGCCGCCACCGCCGUCGGCGUGGCUGUCGCCUGCCUGCUUGUGGCGGCCAUAUUGGCUGCCGCUGCCUUGUAUUAUAGACAUAGAAAGAAUCUUAGACUAAAGGCCCAGGGUGGCGUUGCGUUUGAAAAUCCGAGUUACCUUAGGGAACCAGCGCCGAUUGCUGACACCACCAUUAUCAACUGCUCAGUACCAAAUGGGAACGCCAACGGCGGAAACGGCGUCGUCAACGGCAACGGGGUUUCCAUGAGUACGGCGUGGCGACAGGAAACGCUGCAGAAUCCCAGCACUGCCACACAGCGGGAGGUUGAUCCUACGCUGUAUGAGGAGCUGAAGUUAGGUCAAGACGGCGCAGGCUUCAAGCGGCUGAAGCCAUAGCCGGCGGCUCGCGGGGCAUCACCGCUGCGCUCCCCGCGGCUCUCCGCGCGGGUCGCGCCGCGGUACUAGCUCCGCGACCCGCACACAACCAGGACAUGUGUCCAGACAAAACUGUGUAACUAAAACCAGCGGUAUUACUAUAUACGGCGAAGGGCGUAAGCCAUUGAUGUAUCAGGACUGGUCUUGCGGGCAAUAAGAAUGGGGCCAGUACAGAGGUGUGACACGGCUACAACGCGAUUGGUUGAUGAGUUCGCUACACGCGAGCGAUUGGUCGCAACUAGUUGCGUUCGACUGCACGAUUGACUCGAAUUCGUGAGUGACACCGCUGUACUAGUACCUACCAUUUUAGAGCCCGUAAGGCCGAUCCUGAGAUAUAAGUCAAUGGCGUAAGCCUGGAUCUCAUGUACUUGAGGAAUUUGGACGAUGGCUCCCGUGGCAGUAGGUGUAGGCCAAGCACAGACAGUAUCUCGCCGCGAGAUAGACUACCCGUCAUUGUCUAACUGUAUUCAUUAAGGAGGGACGGAUAGUCUUAGUAAUACUGUCGCGCCAGUCAUGUGCUAACCCGGCAGGUCUAGAAGAUGCUGCACUGUCGGACGACGCGAAUUUUCUGUAUUAGGACGAUAACUUUUCAUUGCCCUAAUAAAAAUUUACGAAAUUUAGUAAGGAUCUUGGGAAUCUAUUCAGAACUAUUCCUCCCAAAUUUUAUGAUUAUUUGUCAACACAAUAAAAAGUUAUACUUAGGUACUAACGUCACAAGUUUGGCGUCGUUUUACAGUGUGCUGGAUUAAAUCCAGUCUCGGUUAAAGAAGGCCUUAGUCUUUAUUUCUUUAGUAUUUGACAUCUAUAUCCAAUGUUAUAUCAAUAGGAAAACAUCGUAGAGUGAGGCGCUCCGUAGUCCAAAAGUCAUCUUUGUAAUGUUUUUGUAAGAACGUUAUGCAGUCCGAAAGUCAUCCGUGUGGCUUUAUUAAAAGCCAAUGGCCUUUGGUAAAACUAACAAACGGUCUAAAAUUGUCAACGGACAUUUUUGAUUUAAAUUAAAACUAUGGGUGACGGAUUUGUAGUAUUGUCGUCUGGUUUGCCCACAUACAGUUAAAGCUGCAACCAUUUUAAACUUAGAAUUACAGUCGCCAUAAGAUAUAUCGGAGCGGCCAAGGUGGUCACAAAUAUCUGAACACGCCUCUAUUGUCAAGGCGUGCGUGUUCAGAUAUUUUUGAGCACCUUGGCCGCUCCGAUAUAUCUGAUGGCGACUGUACCUUUUGAUUCCACCAAAUAUUAAUAUUUAGAAGGUUGUGAAUCUGAGAGGAGCCAGCGAGCGAUCCAAAUAUAUAACGAUUUUAACCUCGUCAGACCCACCAUACAGUAUGUGUCUGACCAUGCGACUUUAAUUCCAGGGCUUAAUUUUACUCGCUAAACUAACUCGCUAAACUAAGCUACUUUUACUAUGUGACUAACCCUACAAUCGGGGAAAAUUUUUUGGCUUUUCCAUAGAAAACGUCGACAUCUGAUCAGCCAAAAUGUAUGAAAAAGAAAAAAAAAAUACGGGAUUCCGGGGUUGGUGCCAUAACAAAAGUAGCUCAGUUUAGCGAGUAGAAUCGAGCCCUGGAUUUAAAGCCCGAUGGUCAGUAACACCCUGUAUAAAGUUUUCAUUUUUUUUAAUUUGAACCUUAUUCUAUAAGUAAAUUAGAACGAAUUCCGUUUGUAUUAAACAUAUUAAGAACGGGUCACUCACGUAUUUUAAGUCGAAAAACGCUCGACAUGUUUCACUCUUAAUAAGCAAUGAAACAAAAGAAAUGGUACUUUAUUUGGUUCAUGAAAGGUUCAAAUUAGAUUGCAGGUAUAUGUGCAUUGUAAUGUACAUUCGCCAUCAGAUAUAUCGGAGCGGCCAAGGUGUUCACAAUAUCUGAACACGCACUCUAACGCCCUCACAAUAGAGGCGUGUUCAGAUCUUUGUGAGCGCCUUGGCCGCUCCGAUAUAUCUGAUGGCGACUGUACAUAUAGUCUCAAAAGGUUAAACAUAGAUUUUGAAUGAAUCUCAAUAACUAUAGGAGUAAUGGUGGAUCUAUAUAAUUGUAUAUAUCUUUACGUAUAUAGAGAGAGACGAAUUAUUAUGUACAGUAGUAAUAUUUUAAUACAAUAUGGAGUUGGAAAAAAACCCUAAAAUACGUUACCAAGACGGUGUAGAUAAUAAAAAAUAAUUUUAAUCUUAAGUCAUAUUUGUGGUACUUGAUGUGAUUAAAACCAAAAAGCAAGUAACUUCAAACAGACGAUUGUAAAUAUCCCUGAUAAUGCUGACUAAAAAAACUUUGAAUCUAUAAUUA